AUGCUCGCUCUCUCCCUGGUCAUGCGAGCGAACGCUCAGAUCAGCCGCAACACUGAACUCAAAGACACUUGGGCUUGGCUCGAACAUCUGAGUUCGAAACCAGCAUGCACCCAGCUCGCCACAUCAAAGCUUACGGCCGAAUGUCAACUCCUCGAUAACCCAUCAGACUUCGCCAGAACCUACCCAGAUCAAGUCCUUGAAGAUGUACAGAACGAAUACGCUCUGAAGCUGGCUAUUUGCGAGUUUGUCGGUGCUCAGAAUGCUCAUCCCAAGGCUCCUGCUAAAUGUCACGCAUUUCUUCCGUCCCAUGAAGCAUGUGCAAAACGCUCGUGGUGGGGCAACGAUAAAGUCGUCACAGAUGAGCUUUGCUAUCCGAAGGCAGUCAAAGCAGAUCUCCAGCAAUGCCUCACGACAAUGCAAGCAUCACCUCAAACGUGGACGUCCUACAGUAACGCAAGAAGUCGUGCUAUGCACAUAUGCCAUCUCACCCGAAAACACAUCGAGACAGAACGGGCUAUCCAGGUCCACAAAAACCUCACUCUAGUGGUGGCCAAGAUGCACGAUUCAGUCCAGCCUUUGGAGUCGAAGAUGCAGUCGAUGAACGAUCAGCUACACCAAUUCUCUGGUGACGUUCAACGCUCUUUUGAACAAUCACAACAGGCAGCGGAUGAGUUCACAACGUUUGCUAAAGACGCCCAUAAGAAUUACUAUGACAGAUUAGAAGAGACGAAAGAGGGCCUUCGAGACAUGCAGUCGGGGCUCGCAGCUUCACAGCAACAGAUCGAUGAGCACUAUUCCACCCUCCAAUCCAGGCUAGCCGAUCACUUUGAGACCUCACGUGCGAAGAACAAGGAAGUGAUGGCAAAGCAUCAGGACGAUUCUCUGGCUCAACUUGCCACAGCUAUCGAUAACUUUAUGCAAGCACAAGCCCUGGAGCUUUCUAAACAAUCCAUGACGCACAAAGACGAGCUGCAAGAGUAUCAUACGAAAAACAUGUUAGCACUACAGCAACACCACGAAACGACUGUGCGGAGCUUUGACAUCCUGAGAUUAGGGCUCUCCGGUGCUAGCUCGGAUGUUGAUAGUCUUAACGAUAAGAUCGGCACACUGAAGGACGAAUUGGAAGGCUCCAUUGCGCAAGUCCAGACCGUCAAUGAAGGCCUAGGUAGCCUUGCCUCCAUGGCACAGACCGCAGGGCGUUUUCUAGGCAGAUUCGAGACGUUCGCUGCUUACGUCGGUAUCGGAGGCGUUAUGGUGGGGCUUGUCCUGUUCGCCAGCUGCGUUUCUGGCAUCCCCAUCCUCGGAAACGCUUUCCGCCAACUUACAAUGUUUGCGCUGGCAUUGCUCAUCUGUGGCGUGUCUUUUUACACUAUUUUGUGGUCGCUCCCUGGACCCUUCGAAUUGCACAAAAUUACGGAAGCGCAUUCUGCAGCAGAGCAAACUUUUUCGUGA